AUGCUAGAACCGGACAGUUCUGAUGGACUAUACGAUGAGAAUUCAAUUUUUUUGUGGAUCAGCUACGAAGACAUUGUCCCUGCUACAGACGGUUUCUCUAACUCCAUUGUGCUUGGAAGAGGGGGCUUUGGCAUAGUAUACAAGGGAAAACUGGAAGGUGGCAAGGAAGUUGCUGUUAAAAGGCUAACCAAGUGCUCUGAUCAAGGAAUGGAGCAUUUUAGAAAUGAAGUAGUUCUUAUUGCAAAACUGCAGCACAGAAACUUAGUUAGACUUCUUGGUUACUGUGUCCAUGGAGCUGAGAAGCUUCUUAUUUACGAAUACUUACCCAACAAAAGCUUGGACUACUUCCUAUUUGAUGAUGCUAAAAGAUCUAUGCUUGAUUGGCCAGCAAGGUUUAGUAUAAUCAAAGGGGUAGCUAAAGGACUUGUGUACCUACACCACGAUUCUAGAAUGACGAUAAUUCACAGAGAUCUCAAAGCAAGCAACAUCCUGUUGGAUGCGGAGUUGAGACCCAACAUAUCAGAUUUUGGCAUAGCAAGGAUCUUUGGUGACAACCAGCAACAAGCAAAUACUAGGCAUGUUGUCGGGACAUACGGUUACAUGUCGCCCGAAUAUGCGAUGGAAGGCAUUUUUUCGGUCAAGUCCGACACAUAUAGCUAUGGGAUCUUGCUACUGGAGAUUGUAAGUGGGUUAAAGAUUAGCUCACCUCAACAUCUUAUAAGGGAAUUCCCAAACCUUAUAGAUUAUGCAUGGAACUUACUGAAAGAAGGAAACUCAAGGGAUUUCCUAGAAACUGUGCUGCUGAACAGCUGCUCGCUGCAUCAAGAGUCGUUGUGCAUCCAUAUCGCAUUAUCGUGCGUUCAGGGCAGCCCGAGUGCCAGGCCACUCAUGUCGCUUUGGUCUCUAUGCUGGAAAACGAGGCCAUGCCACUCACGAUACCAAGGCAGCCUUCGUAUUUCGUUGGAAGGAGACGUGAAGCUGAAGAAGCGAGGGAGGACUCUGUUAACAGCAUGA